GUUCCGGUCUGUGGCCCACACAAGUGUCGACCCAACAAUGACUCGAUUUCAUUGUACACCCAUUCACUCUCUGACCACCGUCAGCUUGUUUUUGCCUACCGGCCUCGGUAACAUGGCUAUCGAGUCCCCAAACCCGAUUGACGCCCCUCGCGUGAAUGGGCAUGCCGAACCGCGUCCAGGAGUCCCGGACCUCGACCCAUCUAAACUUAACAUUACAAUGACGCAGUCGCCGAAGCCGAUACCCCACCGGAAACUCUGAAAUUUGGCCAGGUAAGCGUUGGCUGGAUGACUCAGUGGACGUAUAGGAGCG